AGAAAAAUUUCGAAAAAAAAAAACCAAGAUUCUCUCAACUUAUUCGAACACAUUCGGAAAAAUAUGUAAAAAGCCGAGUAAAAUGACGGAUAACGAGUAUAAUUCGUCGGGAAACGAGUAUCGACAUUCGGAAACAAGUUUUUCCGGCUUUUCUGGGGUUGAUUUAGAAGAUUAUGGCGGUGAUGGAAUUGAUUACAGCGAUUGGUUUAAGCUAGAUCAUGGGUUUGAUAGUGAUGUUGAAGCAAUUACUUGGGCUAAGAGUACUGCUAUAAAGAUUGGAUUUGAAUUAGUCAUUUCGUCACAUAAGAACGAGGGGAAAAAGAAGCUUCUACGAUGUGCUCGGGGUGAGCGUUACAGAGGUUCAUUCACAGAUUCUGAUUCCUUCGUACGGAAAAAUACGAAGACAAAAGCGUGUAAGUGCAAAUUUAAAAUUAUUGUCAAAUUAGGAAAGACUGCAUGGUUUAUACUUACAGAUCCUGGUAUUUCGAGUACACACAACCAUGCUCUAGCUGUGUAUCCUGAAGGAUACCGUCAGAUGAGUGGGCUGAGUGGCGAGGCGAAAGAAAUUGUGCGAGAUAUGACUGCGGCACAAGCGAAGCCGUGUUCUAUCAUGGCAGCUUUAAAAGAAAAAGUACCAUCUGACAACCCUAGAAUAAAGCAAGUGUACAACUAUAGAGAGACUUUGAGAAAGUCUAGCUUUGAGGGUAGAGAUGUGGUUGGGCAAUUUUAUCACAUGGCUCAGCAAAAUGAUUAUGUACACUGGACUCUUGCUGAGGAGGAUACAGGUGUGUUGACCCAUAUUUUCAUGGCUCAUCCUGAUUCAGUGAGACUACUUCGUACGUACUACUGGAUCAUCGGCAUGGACUCCACGUACAAGACGAACAAGUACAAGCUGCCUUUUUUUGAGAUUAUUGGAAUGACUCCUUGCAACAAGAACUUCAUAAUUGCAUAUGCAAUUAUGAAGGAUGAGACUGAAGGGAGCUACAGAUGGGUAUUGGAGAGACUGAGGUGCUUGAUUGGGGAACAUAUUCAUCCGAGCGCUAUUCUUACUGAUCGAGAAUUGGGGCUUAUGAGACCAGUGUCAGAGGUUUUCCCACGUUCUUCUCAUCUACUAUGUACGUGGCACAUAAAUAAGGACGUAGAAGAUAGAGUGUACAGAAUUAGUGGGAAAAACCAAGAGUUUGCUGAAAUUUUCAAGAAUAGUACAUGGAAGAAAAUUAUCAGAGCGCCAAGUUUUGAUCAAUAUAACAUAGCUGUGGAGCACUUCAGAGAUCGGUUUAAAGGUUUUCCAGGGUUGAUACAGUACAUUGAGGGGACUUGGCUGGGACACAGAGAGAAGUUCGUAUCUUGCUGGACGGACUUAGUCCUACAUUUUGGAAACACCACCACAUGUAGAGUCGAGAGCGCACAUGCUCAGCUUAAGCAGUGGCUCAACUCUAGCACCGGUGCUCUGGACACAGUCUGGACGAAGGUCGACAAAGUUAUACAGUCGCAGCUGAUAGAUAUCCGCAAAACACUUGAGGACUCCAGACGGACUAUUGGCGUACAUCGACGCGGUUUUCCAUUUGACAAGCUCUCAUGCAGAGUGUCGCAUUACUGUCUGGAUUUAAUAUCGAAAGAACUAAGGCGUAUGCGAGAAUUGAGUACCGAUGUCUACGAUCGCUGUGGUUGUGUGGUUAGAUCAACACAUCAGAUCCCCUGUGCAUGUGAGCUGCGAGCGGUGGUCGAUUCAGGUAACCCGAUCAGCCUUGACAGUAUACACCCGUUUUGGACGAAACUUGUUAUUCUCGGCGAGGCAGAAACUUUACGCGUCGUAACGUGA